GCCCACUAGUCUUCACCAUGAGAGGCUUCCUGCUGCUGUGUCUGCUGGCACUGGGCCAUGCCAAGCCCUACCAGCCAAUUAACGUCUUGGACUUCAUGAGGGACCAUGAAAUCAUGAUGCAGGACGAGGAUGAUGAUGAUGAUGAUGACGACUUCCUCACGGACUGCCCCUUUGGCUGCCAGUGCUCCCUACGGGUGGUGCAGUGCUCUGAUCUGGGUAAGGUUCUAUUACCCACUCACUACUCCUCGCUCUCAGUCUGGGGGAGAGGGGAGGCUAGGGGCUCCUAACAUUCUAUUACAGCAUUGAUGAAUCACUUGUAUGAAAGUCUCAUCUGUUAAGAUACUGUAAGACUGGAGGCAAUCAUGCUCAGUGACAUUUUGGAGUUCCUCAAGGCUCUACUCUGGGACCACUACUGUUCUCAUUACAUAUGCAACUUCUCUGUGACGUUAGCUUUACGGCUACGUGGACAAUACACAGCUGAUUUGUUGAUUGGUUGAUAUCCUGUCUCCACAGGGUUGCUCUCUGUGCCCGAGAACAUUCCCGCCGACACACUAAUGAUCGACCUCCAGAAUAACGACAUCACCGAGGUCACGGAGGACGACUUCAAAGGCAUUAACAAGAUCUACGUAAGAAACACAUGAUAAACAUCUCUCCUACUCUGAUCCAACACUGCAACAUUCAUCACUGCUUCCUAUCACUUUAGAGUGGAGUGACUUUUUCACCUCAGUCCGAAUCACAUUCAGACAUACAUUCCCCCCUAGGCCUAUAUGCAACACAGAUUAGGACAGAAUCACACAUUCAUGGAAGUUGUGUGUCAUGGUGCUAACAUUGUUGUUCAGACGGAGGCCUUUGAUUGUGCUCGCGGUCACAGCUGGCGAUCAACCACAUGAAGGCCUGCCCUGAGCCAAGCUCUUUAUAUCAGUCUCCAUCAGACGGAACCCAUCUGAACCAGUGUCUCCAUCAGACGGAACCCAUCUGAACCAGUGUCUCCAUCAGACGGAACCCAUCUGAACCAGAACCCAUCUGAACCAGUGUCUCCAUCAGACGGAACCCAUCUGAACCAGUGUCUCCAUCAGACGGAACCCAUCUGAACCAGUGUCUCUAUCAGACGGAACCCAUCUGAACCAGAACCCAUCUGAACCAGUGUCUCCAUCAGACGGAACCCAUCUGAACCAGUGUCUCCAUCAGACAGAACCCAUCUGAACCAGUGUCUCUAUCAGACGGAACCCAUCUGAACCAGAACCCAUCUGAACCAGUGUCUCCAUCAGACGGAACCCAUCUGAACCAGUGUCUCCAUCAGACAGAACCCAUCUGAACCAGUGUCUCUAUCAGACGGAACCCAUCUGAACCAGAACCCAUCUGAACCAGUGUCUCCAUCAGACGGAACCCAUCUGAACCAGUGUCUCCAUCAGCAUACACUGUAGCCCAUAGAGAUCCUUUAUGUAAUUCAUACUGUAACCUACAUCUGUCUGUACGGGCUCUGUGUAACUAGGUAGAUUAUUUUCCAGGUAGGGUACAAAGGCCCCCAAAGCAACAUCCGGGGCCUCAAGCACCAAAACGCUUAAUUGAAAUAGAAGCCAUAUUAUUUUAGGUGGGGGACGAGAGAGCUUAGCAAGGUGUACUGCCUUACCUUUACAAUAAGGGGAAACAUGGCAUGGUUUCGGCUUAAAACCUUCUACAGGGUGUUUCACAGAGCCUGUACAGACAGACAGAUGUAGGCUACAGUUUGUACCCUGCCUGGAAAUUAAGCUAUCUAGGGGAAAGACUGGCCAAAAUGCAUUGGUUUUAAGACUGGCCGAAAACGCAGUGGUUUUAAGACUGGUCGAAAUGCAGUGGUUUUAAGACUGGUCGAAAUGCAGUGGUUUUAAGACUGGCCGAACCGCAUUUAAUAAAUGGGCAAAAGUAUUUAUCUGUUUAUUUGGAUCCCCAUAGGCUGUUACUUCCUGGGGUCCAAUGUAUUGUUCAAGCAAACCUCCCAUUGUCUAAACUCCAAGAGUUUCUGUAUAUUUCACAUAUCUUCUCUUCCCCAGGCCCUGUUCCUGGUUAACAACAAGAUCUCCAAGAUCCAUCCCAAAGCUUUCCGUAACAUGGAUCGGCUGCAGCUGCUGUACCUGUCCUACAACCAGCUGACACGGAUACCUGCCAACCUGCCCCGGAACAUCCUGGAGCUGCGUAUCCACGACAACAAGAUCAGCAACAUCCAAAAAGAGGCCUUUAAAGGGAUGAAGUCUCUGCAUGUUCUGGGUAUGUCAGUUGAGAACAAAUUCGUAUUUACAAUGGCGGCAACUGGCUGGGUCUAUUGGCAGAGAAGAUGUGACCCUGGUCAAUUGUAGCGCACAAUAUGAAGAAUACAAGGUUGUCAUUGGAGGCAGAAUGCAUCUAGGGUUAUUAAUGGCACUGUAGCUGUACAGUCAAAGCGUCAUACAUAAGGCUAACCUCCCUGUAUAUUUUCUGACCAGAGAUGAGUGCUAACCCGUUAGCUAACAACGGGAUAGAGCUGGGAGCGUUCGACGGUAUGGAAACCCUGUACAUCAGGAUCGCGGAGGCCAAGCUCACAGCUGUACCUAAAGGUAAACUACCACUACAAGCCAAGCUCACAGCUGUACCUAAAGGUACCAGUCACAAGUUUGGACACACCUACUCAUUCCAGGGUUUCUCUUUAUUUUUACUAUUUUCUACAUUGUAGAAUAAUAGUGAAGACAUCAAAACUAUGAAAUAACACAUAUGGAAUCAUGUAGUAACCAAAAAAAAGUGUUAAACAAAUCAAAAUAUAUUUUUAUAUUAGAGAUUCUUCAAAUAGCCACCCUUUGCCUUGAUGACAGCUUUGCACACUCUUGGCAUUCUCUCAAACCAUCAAGUGCUAUGAUGAAACUGGCUCUCAUGAGGACCACCACAGGAAUGGAAGACCCAGAGUUACCUCUCUGCUGCAGGGUGGAAAUGUGUCCUUUGAUCUGGAGUCCAAAUUGGAGAUCCAGGCUGUGUAAGGGCCAUUUGACCACGAAGGAGAGUGAUGGAGUGCUGCAUCAGAUGACCUGGCCUCCACAAUCCCCUGACCUCAACCCAAUUGAGAUGGUUUGGGAUGAGUCGAACAGCAAAAGGUGAAGGAAAAGUAGCCAACAAGUGCUCAGCAUAUGUGGGAACACCUUCAAGACUGUUGGAAAAGCAUUCCAGGUGAAGCUGGUUGAGAGAAUGCCAAGAGUGUGCAAAGCUGAUUGGUCAUUGGUCAAAAUAAUCCAAUCAGAUUGUGAUGUCAUGCUCUGGGCCAAAAACUCCAUCCACCUGAACAGGCUGAAAUUACAGGAGUUUUUUUUCUCCAAAAAGCCCAUUUUUAUAUAUUUUUUCAUUUAAAAAAAAUUAUAAUUCGACCUCAGUGUGGGAAAAAAAAUCAUAAAUAAAUAGGAAAAUCUUGUUUUUGACUGCACGGUCCCUUUAAGUGUACUGUGCAUCGUAACCUGACAGUGAUUUCCUGUUUUUCAGACCUCCCAUCGUCACUCACAGACCUUCACUUGGAUUACAACAAGAUCACCAAAGUAGAAAUUGAGGACUUUUUCAGAUAUAAAAAAUUACAACGGUAAAACACUACUGAGAUAAAAACACAAAAUACACCUGUCGGUUUGAUUCCGUAUAUCUGAAAGCUUACUAUAUAUUUACAGAUUAGGACUGGGCUUCAACCAAAUCAAGUUUGUUGAGAAUGGAAGCCUGGCCAGUAUACCCAACGUCCGUGAGAUCCACCUUGACAACAACAAGCUAAAGAAGGUUCCGCCUGGUCUGAACUCACUCAGGUAUCUACAGGUAAGAUAUGGUUAAUCGCCUGUUUGUCAUUCCAAAAAUAACUUGAAACAGUCUUUACUCCUACUAUUAGUGCACUCAACUCAUCAUUGUAGUGUUGCACCAUGCAGAAUUUCCACUGUCAUUCCAUUCUGCUUCGACACGUGUCAAACUCAUUCCACGGAGGGCCGAGUGUCCCUUGUAUGUGGUUGAUUAAGGUCACUAAUUAGUAAAGAACUCCCCUCACCUGGUUGUCUAGGUCUUAGUAAGGAACUCCCCUCACCUGGUUGUCUAGGUCUUAGUAAGGAACUCCCCUCACCUGGUUGUCCAGGUCUUAGUAAGGAACUCCCCUCACCUGGUUGUCUAGGUCUUAGUAAGGAACUCCCCUCACCUGGUUGUCCAGGUCUUAGUAAGGAACUCCCCUCACCUGGUUGUCUAGGUCUUAGUAAGGAACUCCCCUCACCUGGUUGUCUAGGUCUUAGUAAGGAACUCCCCUCACCUGGUUGUCCAGGUCUUAACUGAAAGGAAAAGACUAAAAGCCCUCAGACACUAGGCCCUCCAUGAAUGAGUUUGACACCCCUGUGCUACGACGACGUAGGCUACAGAUUCCUAAAUAUCUUCAAGCAUGAUUGCCUCUAUGAUACUAGCUAUGUGUGAAUCUUUAAGACAUUCACAAAUAGCCACACAUAGCCAGACAGAGUAUCCGAGUAGCAAUGGGACAUAACCGAACCUCUGUUUACCUCAGAUUACCUCAGCAUGCUACAUGAACCGAGACUUGUCCCAAUUCCACCAGGUGGUGUAAUUGACUAAUUGAUUGCUUGAUUAAUUGGUCCCUAUUUCCCCCCCAGGUGGUGUACCUCCAUGCUAACACUAUCAGCAACGUGGGCGUGAAUGACUUCUGCCCUGUACGCUCCAGUGUUAAGAAGACCCUGUAUACGGGCAUCAGUCUGUUUUCUAACCCAGUCAAGUACUGGGACGUCCAGCCUGCCACUUUCCGCUGUGUGUCUGGACGCAGUGGGGUUCAGCUGGGCAACAACCGGAGGAGGAAGUAACACGCACGCAUAUACACACACACACACAC